AUGAAGUUUAAUUUUGCCGAGGCAAGUUCCAAAAAUAAUCCCGCCCUUGUUUGUUCAUCGCAAAGUCUCCCCGCCUGCUUCAUGCACGAUCGCUCUCCUUCCUUGCCCUUGCCAACCCUCGUACCCUGGCUCCAGCUCAUCGUGCGUCUCGUAUUGUCCUCGCCCGUCCUCGCCCGUCCUCGCCCGGCCCUCGCCAUUGUGUUACCGUCUUCCUGUGUCUCCCUCGCUGUCCUAACCUCGUCGCCAUUCAACCCGCGAUGGCCACCGUGGGCGUCGCCUGGUCGUAACCAUCGUCUCGCCACCUCCGCCGCUCUUCAUGCACCCUCGCGAGGGGUCUUGGCGGGAUGUGGGCUCGGGCAGGCUUUAGAUGGGGCUACGGUGUUGGGCGUGCGGAAACCCCGCUCACCCCGCUCUGCUCGCUGUUGUGUUGUCCUCCGGCCUAUCUCUCCCUUGCCGUUGUUGCGAUCACACUGCCCUGCCCAUCGCCCUCGUGUUGCUCUCGUUCCUGCCUUCGUGCUGUCACCUCCACCACUGUGGCAUCAUCCUCCUCAAACGGCUGUAUCAUCCUCACCUCGCACCACCUCGUGCUUCUCAACGACUCGUGAUGCCCAGCUGUGGACGACGGAGACAGUGGAGGAGGAGGGCGUCAAUUUGGAGGCGGACCCUGCACCUGAAAAGGAUUCGAGUGAGCCUCGCUGGUCGCAGAGCACACGCGCACUCCAGGUUGCUUUGUAG